AAUAGCAGCAGCGCGACCACCGCCCUCACCUAGAGUGAAUAUAGUUUGUAGCUUCUGUGACGUGGGCCGCGCCUGGAACAGGAUCCACGCUUCACACACAAUCUAACUUAUCUUCAGCCUGCAUGUUGAAAACAUCCUGGAUGCUCUGUGAAUAACCACAGAAACAAAUAUUUGUUUCACUGAAGCCUGACUUGAGUAUCGAGCGCCUUGAGAGCUGCUACAGCAGGAGAAUGGAGUCGAAGCCAGAGCCAGAGCCAGAGCCAGAGCCAGAGUCUGAGGCCCAGGCCCAGGCCCCAGACAACGCCGAGGCCGGGACCCUGGACGCGUCCGGCUUUGAGGUAACCGCCGACCGGCUGGAGCAGCUGAUGAAGAGCAUGGAGGUGCUGCUGACGGACGUGGAGCAGCUGCGGAGCCACUGCAGCCACCAGACCACCGAGCUGAUGCGUGCGGCCGUGGACCUGAGGAAGCAGCAGGACGAGCUGAAGGAGAGCUACGCGGAUCUGUCCAGGGAAAUGCAGGAGAUCAUGGAUUCAGUGGAUGAGCUGUUCAGCACCAAGAGUGCCUUUGAAGCCAAAGAGAAGCAGGCACAGAAACUGAACCGGCAGCUCUGAGGAACGGAAAGCGUCUGACGGACUGUUUCUCAAUGAGGAGAAAAACAAAAGAGAAACUGUGUGUGUGUGUGGGGGGUGUGGUUUUGAAUUUGGAUGUGUGAGUUCUGAUUUAAAUUCUGGUUUGGAUGUGUGGUGAGAUGCUGAGGUCUCCAUGGCUUUAAUUAGAUUCUUUAAUGGCAUUAUAUAAACUUCUUGUUGUGCAACUUGUAAGGUCGGUAUCAGUCAAACACUCUCACAACCCAAUCGCCACAACUUACCAUUUUUUCAUGUCACGACUUUGUGAUCUUUAAGUUAAAUUUUCUACGUUGUGAAAUCGCUGUGUUUCUGAUCGGAUUAGGUUUUGGCACAAAAAGUCAGGAUCAGGAACGGCUCACGCUUCGUCUCAUCAAAAAUAUCCAGUGGUUUCAGGCUUUUAUGUGUUGAGCAGUAAACUCUGGCUUGGCAGUCUCGCACAGCUGUCACCCCACCACUGUACCCAUCCUGUGGAAGCCCAUUUCAGCAAGUUAAAGGGAAAAAAUGGAAAAAAUGAAUGAAAAGUAAGUUAUCAGUGCUGAAAGGACGCUAAGAGACAACAACCAGCCCACAUCCUGCUCAGCGCGCUGCCCAUCUGACAAAAGCAAGAGUCCUCAAUUCACCUGAGUUUAAGGCCCUUUAUGGAGCACAGCAGACUCAACCCUCGUGAUGUAAAAUGACAAUUAAGUGAACAUUCAGCCAUUAACCUUUAUGAUUAUAGGAUAGAAGGUCAAAAUGAUGAGAUCAGAAUUCCAAAUUAUUACACAAGAAGUCAAAAUUUUGGGACAAAUAGUCAUAAUUUUGUGAAAAGACGCUUAGUUUUCAGUACAUUAUUUCUUUAAAGGUGCACUAUGUAGUUGCAUGUGUGGCACAAGAGUGGCAGUGAGGACCAGGAAAUGCGUUACCUCAUGUUAAGGCAUCAUUCAGUAAUGAAAACGAAGACAGUUUGUUUAUGUAAGCUUAAAACAACAGCCUAGAGGGUUUUUUUCUAUUUUGAUUAAAAUGUCAUCCCGAAAAACUCCGCAGUGCACCUUUAACUGGCUGAAAUUGGCUUCCGCACCACCCCUUCCACGUCCCAACAUGUAAGUCAGCUCGCCGUGUAGCGUGAACGUAUUGUACCGGAGAAAUCUCACGCGCAAAUCCGAACAUCCGUAGUUUGCGGCACCAACAUUUUGCCCUGGCGACUGAAAAGCGCCAUGAAACAUGCAUGAUUCUGUGUUACUGCUCUUAGUCUAGUAAAUGUAACAAUAUGCAUUAAAGCAUCACAAAUUGCAACCUCAAAAAUAACCAUAAAGUUAAUGAAACACACACACAUUACGAGCUCUCCUAGGGUACAAUUUGUUGUACUUUCACACUAGAUUGCCGUGUGCUGCUGUUUUUAACACAGGCGAUGACAAGACUGCGCGGGCCUACGCUGCGUGUCGACGGAUGAUUUACUAUCACUUCUGCUGUCAUUGUAUUUUUUCUUUUCUUUUUUUUGCGCCCACCCGCUAACAAACACACAUGUCACAGCCACGAUUUACCGUCACCAAAGCAUUCUACGUUGACAGUUAAGUAUAUAUGUCUCUCUCAUCAGCCCGGAUGACUCCUGCAGCUUUAAUCACUGUUGGUACAUCCUCCAUAUUCUCGUCCCCUCCAGGCACAUGCUCCACUGUGGUUUCUCCCUGAAAUAAACCAAAAUAGAUCCUCAAGGCGAUCUUUACCUCACGCCAGCUCCUCUUCUGUGAAUUAUUGGUCUGUGUUUAGUGGUUAUGGGAUGUGUGAAAGGGACACUCAGUGGCCAGCAUCCUAAAAAAAACUUCAUAUUUUCUGUCAACCCUCAAAUCUCAUUUUAGUGUGUUUCUUAUGGAAAGGCUGAAUGGAUAUUAUUGCUUUCAAAUGUGCAAUUCAUGUACGGCAACCAUUAAAUGAUGUGUACCAAAAUACAAUGUUGUCUUCUUCUGUACUGGCGUAAAUCGUGACUUUACACAUUUUUUGUAGUUUUUCUUUUGCUAACUUCAUAAUUGUUGUUUUUGAUCAUUUGGCUUAACAGAUGAGAGAAAUAACUACGACAUAAAUAGUCUGAGGGUGUUAACUGCAAACACCCUGCACCAGAUAGAAGAAAUCACAGCUUAUAUUCAACAUCCCAAAAGUCCCAAAAUCUUUUUUCGGGGGAGAAAAAAAAAACAACUGUUUCUCUGUGUGGUUGAAACCUGACACUUUAUGGGUUGUGGUGUUGGUGAGCAGAGAGGGUGAGGAGAUAGAAAGCUGGGUGUCAGUGCCUACAUUUACUGCCGAGGCGCACAUCUCUCUGGACUGCUGGCCGAACAGCUGGCGAUUCACUUCAAGAAGGUAAGAUUAAAGAGGACCUGGUGACAACUUUUGAAACACUUUGCAUAUUUAAUGCAGAUUUUCAUCAUUGGAAAAGAAAUCACAAAGGAUAUCAAGAAAUGUUGGUAUAAUCAGAUGUGUACAUUUAUUAAAUGCACAUACCUGGAUUCGAUGUUUAGUUACUUAGUUUCUAUUCUCAUCAGAAGGUCUGCAGAAGCCUCUGGCAAACAUGAACAUCCUCCAAGUCCUGGGUCUCCUCGUGCUAUCUGGACCGGCUUUUAUUCUGACACGGCCAGCCGAUGACUACUGGGGAGAGUUUGGAGCCUAUGGGCCCUGCAGUCGCACAUGUGGCACAGGAGUCGCCAUGAGGACCAGAAAGUGUAUCACGUCAAGGACAGACGGAGGACAUAACUGCCUAGGAUCUUCCAAAUCCUAUCGAACCUGUAAUACACAAGCAUGUCCAGUUGGAUCCAAGGACUUCAGGGAGGAGCAGUGCUCCCAGUUUGACAGAAUGGACUUUCAGAACAAACACCACACAUGGGUUCCUUAUUAUGGAGGAUCCAAUCCAUGUGAGCUGAACUGUGUCCCAAGAGGAGAGAACUUCUUCUACCGACACAGACCUGCAGUGGUGGAUGGGACUAAAUGUUACGUGGGCCGCAGUGACAUCUGUGUGGACGGCAUCUGCAGGCUCCUGAUCCACGGAGACUUCAUGGGCUUGGAUGAAGACACCAAUUCCGUGCACUCCUCUGCUCCUGUCGCCGUCGCUCCACACCCCAGGGAGACGCUCACAUACAUGUACAAGGCUGGUGUCUAUGGCGAGUGCUCGGCCGCCUGCAACGGAGGCAUGCAGUAUCGCAGCGUGGCGUGUUGGGUUCAGGACCCAGUGAACCCCCGUGUGGUGGAGGAAACUUACUGCAUCACCCAGCGCCUGCAGAGGCCAGCGAGCCAGCAGGCCUGCAACAUGCACUCCUGUGCUGCAGAGUACAGCGUGUCCAGCUUCAGUGUGUGCUCUGUGACUUGCGGGGAAGGCCAGCAGAUGAGGGAGGUGACCUGCGUGGGCUCAGGAGGUGAACGUCUCCCUGACCACGCCUGUAGUGGGCUGGCAAGGCCAUCUUCCGUCCAGGCCUGCCGCAGACCUGCCUGUCACACACACAUCACCUGGCACGUGACUGACUACGGACUGUGCACCAGAAGCUGCGGUGGUGGUGUGAGGGAGAGGAGAGUGGGCUGCUAUGAUACGGAUUUGAACCCCUACCCAGAGGCCCGCUGUGGAACAGCAAGCAGACCUGUUUCUGUGGAGACAUGCAACUCACAGGCCUGCCCCGGAGCACAAACGGUCCCAAGUGUACAGGACCCGAGGGCACAUGAAACCACCAUGAGAGGAUUUGUGCCCCAUGUUCCAGGAGACCCUUCAGCUUCCAGGCCACAAGUAAACACUGCAUAUGAGCCGUACCCUUCUGUGAUUGGUCCUCACUGUGCGCAGUCAUUCUAUGGCUGCUGUCCUGACGGGUACACCUCCGCCUCGGGGCCCAGAAACGAGGGCUGCACCCAAGAGGACUGUGUUCGCACGAGAUACGGCUGUUGUUUGGAUGGGGUGACUCCGGCUCAAGGAUUCGGAAGGGUUGGAUGUCCUGAGUACCGGACAAGUGUGUCAACUGCGCGCACACCACCACCACCACCACCUGUCCAGCAAUCCACCGGAGCCGUGUGCUCCCUGCCUCGUGAUGAGGGCCCCUGUGAUACGUGGAAGGUCCGCUUCUACUAUGACUCAACCAUGGGAAAAUGUACCGAGUUCUGGUAUGGAAGCUGCCAAGGCAAUGGCAAUAACUUUGGGUCCCUGGAAGCAUGCCAGAGAGAGUGUGGGGGUGUGAUGAGGCAGUCCCCACCUGCUGUUCGCAGAGGGUCGCCCAGGGUUGCUGUGAGGGCAAGGGCAUAACCAUGCUCUCCACUAAUACCUCCAUAAUUAAAAGGGAUAACCAGGGUGAAGCAUGGUAUUUGUACACAUGUAGUAUUCACAUAUAUGAAGACACAAACAGACAUGUAUUGCUAAAUGUACCAAAUCUAAUCUUUCAUUUAAACAUCUGACAUACACAGUACAUUAACAGUUAUCUAGAUAACUUCACAUUAUAACUGAUAUGAUCUCAUCUCAUGAUCUUCAUUGUUCUGAUUUAUUGGCAUUUUGUUUGUAAUGCUAAGUUCAUUCAUUUAUGUAUUUUGCCUGAUACAUCAGGACUAAAAUUUGAAAAAUGUUAAUGUGAUUCACCAACUUAAAUCCAAAAGCUAAUAAAUAAAUCUCCUAUCCGAUAACCUUGAAAAAAAACUGGUGUGGUUCUUUGUUGCCAUAUGAAAUAUGAAAUGUUGAUUUUACGUUCCUUCUAUUGAACUAUUAGUCAGGUUUUACAAAGCAAAAUACAAAGGUUCUGAUGUAACAUACUACAUUUACUGAUGAAAUUCAGUAGUAUAGCUGAGGAUUCUCAUUUUUUGUUAUUUUAUGCUUGCUCUUUAUACGCCUAAUGCAUUACAUUUCAUAGAAAAGUACUGAAUUUACUUGCCAAUUUGCCGAUUAGAAUUUUACACACAAAACAAAUGAUGAGUUUAUCAGGCAUUGUUAUAGAUUCAACCACACAGCAUUCAGUAAUAACCAGAAUUGGGAGUGUUUCAAUACAGUUACUAAUUACCCUUUAAAAAUGUAGUCAGUAACGCAAUUCAAGUAUUACAAUAUCAAAGUAAGAUAACUUGAUUCCUUUCUGUUUCUUUUGUAUUACCUUGAUACCAAACAUAUGCAUGCAUAUCUAAUUUCUGUAACUUUACUGCAAUAAA